AUGUCGAUAUCACAGUUACCGCCAUCUUCGGCCCAUAGCCUGAGAUCUUCGCAUCAGCUUCCCGGUCCUCUUGCCGUUGUUAAAGAGCUCGUCGACAACAGUAUCGACUCGGGUGCCACUUCCAUCGAGAUCACAAUUGCACCCAACACUGUCGACAAGAUACAAGUCCGAGAUAAUGGCCGCGGGAUACAGAUUGAGGACUUCCAAUUUCUAGGAUGCCGGUCUCAUACAAGCAAGAUUCGAAACUUUGACGAACUUCAUCAAAACGGCGGCAAGACACUAGGCUUUCGUGGCGAGGCUCUCGCCAGUGCUACUGAAACGGCUACAAUCAAGAUCACAACUCGAACUGCUCAAGAUCCAAUUGCAUCACUUCUAAUACUGAAAACAAAUACGGGCGGUGUCAGCAAGAAGCAGCCAGUAUCUGGCACCGUCGGAACCACUGUCCAAGCUUUAAACUUAUUUGACAAAUUCACUGUCCGCAGACAGAAUGCUAUCAAGACGAGUCGAAGGUCUCUGGUUGAGAUCCAACGUCUCCUGGAAAGCUAUGUGAUAGCAAUUCCCCAUCUCAAGAUCUCAUUCAAAGUGUCGAGUCCUUCAACCCAGUUGUGGUCUUAUUCUCCUUGCCCGCCAUCGAAUACGCAAGAGGCAAUCACUCAAAUUUUUGGUCACACUCUUGCUACUCAGCUUAUUUCAGUGUCGUCUGAUUCGACAGUUGAACUUAAGUCAACAGAGGUGCAACCAGGAACUUUGAGGAUCACGGCACUUCUACCACGACCGGACAGCGAUGUCCAGGUCAUAAAGGGUAAGGGAGCUUUCAUCUCGGUUGACUCGCGGCCUAUUUCAUCUGCCAGGAGCACUGGGAAAAAGUUGGUGUCUGUCUUUAAGUCGAGCAUCUCUAAGAUCCUUGGCUCGCCCGACAGUUCACGAGCACCUGCAAAUCCAUUUCUACAAAUCAGCAUCCAAUGUCCACCGGGCUCGUAUGACCCCAAUGUGUCGCAGCUGAAGGAUGAGGUGAUGUUUGACAACGAACCAGCAGUCAUCAGUUGUUUUCAAUCUCUCUGCGACGCCAUAUACGUUAAGAAGGUCCCGGGCAGCAAAGGAAUGCAAAACAAAAACGUGCCAGCAGAGAAUACUCUUUCACAUGCGGCCGGAGCUUCGAAAGCUCCAAAAGCAAACGAGGGCGAAGGAAGACUUCAGAUCAAGACUAGGCAUGAAACCUUGCCAUCCGACCAAGAUCUUAUUGAGCCCCUUAAUGACGAGUUCGAAAGGUUGCUUGUUGGAAAUUGUGGCGCGUUUGGGGACGGUGAGAGCACUAUUCCUAGCGCUUUCGCCCGCUCUCCUUCACCAAGCAAAACACGACACCAAAUCAACAAUGUGAUCAGUGACACUAAUCAAAGCGAAAGAAUACAGCAGAUGAUGAGGACGAAAUUGUGCAUCAACCUUUCACGGAGGGACAGUGAUUCCACCGACGUUGAUGGCACAGCUGAGUUGGUUCCUGUGCAGAUAACACCUCGUCGGGCAGCCCCUCCACCUAAAGAGCAACUGCAGUCUCAUUCUCGGCGUAGGACACUGGCACUGGGCCGUCUCUCUGAGGAUAUCGGUUCUUAUUUUCGCCCUGUACGAGACAAGCCUAUUGUGAUCGCAACAGACGACACCGCCACGCCCGAGAUCACUCAACUUGGGGACAGUUUGACAAGCUCUUCUGAGACUAACCGUUAUCCACUGAAGGAACUGACGCAGUCGGAAAUCAACACGUUUCAAGACGAGGAAGAAGAGGAAGAAUUCAGUGACAGUGAAUCACAGGCAGAGCUCCCUCUUGCCGAGCCAGUUCUUGGCCCAUCUCCUCGCACAUCUCCACGCCGUAUGGCCCCUCCUCGUAUGCCGAACAGCCCCUUCCGACCACUCACAAGGCCGCGACAAUCCUCCAACAUUGACACAGGGUUGGAAUUGUUGCCAAAUCUACAAACUCCUCCGCCUUCGGACCCCAGACGUGUCGACAACUCAACUCGUCGUGAUUCGCGUCGUAACUCAGCCAACAUCUUGACUCGAAGCCAACGGCCUUCCCAAAGUAGCAUGACGCCAUCAACAAACAGGACAGGCGACCAAGAAUCGAGGCAAAGUCGCAUUCUUGCGGGAAGUGGGCCAACUGCAUCCUACAACAGACGUCGAUCCGAACAAGUUGGGCGUGGAAAUGGAUUGGCCGGUCGCAGAAAUGCCCCGACCAGUCGCGACAGCUCAGACGCACAUAUGAAGGACUGGUUAUACAACAUUAACGCGAAUUCCGAAGACCAGGAAGCCAAUGAACAGCAGAAUGCCGUCCACUGGUCCCAUUCCAUACAAGCGUUGCUGAUGAGGACGCCGCCACCACGAGAAGAGAAAUCCGACAAUGAGACUCAAAAUGAGCAUUACGAAGUGCUAGAUCAUAGUCAAGAUUCAUACAAUGGACAGGUCAACCCGAGGCCAACCAAACGGCAACGACAUGACUCAAGCAACACGACUUUGACGAACGAAGAGCCAGACCCUAGGCACCUUCUCAUCAAAAGACAACGCAUCCGUACAGGAGGAGGACAGCUGAAACGUGUUGCGUCGAAGAAGCUCCCACUUGAAACGAUUCCUCAAGUCGAUCUCACAGUGAAUCUAUCCGUCAAGGCCAGGAUUCAAAUGAGCGAGCUCAUACGUGCGACUCUGGAAUUCAUGAAAUCAGACCGAGCAGCUGAGCAGUAUCCUGCCAUACGGUUCGACAACAUGGCCGAGGUUAGCAAAGUGGACGAGUUGUUGAGGCAUGCCACGGAAUCAUGGUUGAGCGGGGAUUCAUCAAUUGAAGUGGAGUACAUGCUGCGGUCAGGAGCGAAGGGCAAAUCGAAAGCGUGA